CCCAUGUAUCACCGCUUCUUUACUCUUUUCUCUUUCUCUCUUCCCCCUUUUCCUUUUUUUCUUUCUUUCUUUUUUUUGUAAAAGGCACCAAUAUACUCAUCUUUCCCACCUUUCCUCUUUCACCACCCGUAACUUUCACUGGAUUUAUUAUCAUCACAAUAAUAUUAAAAAAAUGAACUGGCUCAAAUCAAAGAUGGGAUCGCAUGGAUGGGACCUCACAGAGGACGACAUUAAAAAGCCUAAUAUCCUCUUUCUCGGACCUAUUGAGUACGCUAAGCAGGAGCUUGAAGAUUUCGAGGAGUACUUCACUGUCAAGUAUCAUGAAGGAGGCCGUGAAGAAUUCAUUCAAAUGUGCAAGAAGGGCAAGUACAAUGGAUAUGCAGCCAUUCUCUGGAAUCCCUCCAAUGACAGCAACUCGAUUGGACCACUUGACAAGGAACUCGUAUCACACCUCCCGGAGAGCUUGUCUGUGAUCUCACUUCCUUAUGCUGGAUAUGAUCGUUUCGACAUUGAUGCAUGCACCGCUAGAGACAUCACCGUCACCAAUACUCCAGGCGUUGUUUCAGCCGCUACAGCGGACACCGCCAUGUUCUUAAUCAUGGGAUGUCUUCGUCACUUUACUCAGGGUCAAACAAAUCUUCGUCAAGGCAAGUGGUUGACUGGAAUUACAUCUGGACGUGAUCUUGCCUCCAGUGCACUUGGUAUCAUUGGUUUAGGUGGCGUCGGCAAGGCUAUUGCCAAACGCGCCACUGCAUCCGGUAUGGUUGUCAACUACUACAACAGGAAGCGACUAGAUAUUCGAGUGGAGGCCGAGUACAAUGUUCAAUAUGCAGCCUAUGAGACUCUGCUGCGCGAAUCAGAUGUGAUUGUGAUUGCAGUUCCAUUGAGUGCCUCAACUAGACACAUGAUCAGUACUCCACAAUUCGAAAAGAUGAAGAAGGGCGUUGUUCUUAUCAAUGUUGCUCGUGGACCUAUUGUCGAUGAAGCUGCAUUGGUAGAAGCUCUGAAUAGUGGAAAGGUUUCGUCUGCUGGGUUGGACGUGUUCGAAUUUGAGCCCAAGGUUCAUGAAGGGUUGCUCAGUCACCCUCGAUGCACACUUUUGCCACACAUGGGAACCCACUGUGAGGGAUCACGGCUAGACAUGGAGAAACUCGCUCUUCGUAACUCCAAGAGGUUUUUGAUGGACGGCGAGGCUAUUACACCCAUCAACAAGAUUGAAGCAGCAGGCAAGCCUUUGGAACAUUUGAUGACUGAUGGUAUUGAUAUCUCCAAGCUCAAUAUUACUUUACAAUAGUAUUACUUUUGUACCAAAGCUUUCAAGGACAAAUACAUGGAAAAAAAAUAAAAAUUAAAAUAGCUCAUGUUUAUUACAAACUUGAUAUAUCCAUUCUUUAAAAAGAUCCCACAGAGUCCCUG